AUGGUAUAUAGUGGACGGAUUUCCCCAAUCCUUCGUCUCCUUGCCAAGUAUCCUACUUCCCAUCACUCUCUCCCUAUAUAUAAAAGAGGCUCCUCCAUGUGGUUUGCUACAUCAAGCACAUAUAUAUAUCCUUCUUGGAUCAGUUUCAUUCUCUACGUACACAGUUUGCAAAUUCGUUUUUCUCUAAUUUCAAGGCCAGGCAAAGAACAGUCUUGUACGUGAAAAGGUGAAGAUGAGUUCAACAAGCAGAGCUAUUGUAGCAGCCAGCAUAGGAGUUGUGGAGGCCAUGAAAGACCAGAUGGGUAUAUGCAAGUGGAAUUAUAUUUUAAGAUCCUCUCAGCAAAAUACAAGGAACCAUCUCCGAUCGUUGUCUCAGGCCAAGAGCCUCUCCUCUUCAACUUCUGCAGUGGUUUCAAGCGAAGUAAGAGAGGAGCAAAUGAAGAAGUCAGAAGAGUCGUUGAGAAAAGUAAUGUACUUGAGCUGUUGGGGUCCCAAUUAUUGAGUCUUGGUCGUCUUAAGACUGAUCAAGGAAGUGACUGCACGAGUACGAGCCAACGAGUUCUCGGAGAAUCUAGGCCGGUACACUUUGUGCAUGGCAUCCAUGGCGGUGGCCGAUCUAUAAAGCCGAGCUAGUAGUCGCUGAGAGAAAUUGUAGGCUGA